AAGCCGCCAAGCGGCGUGGCCGGCGUCGAGAUUCAUCCGAAGAUUAAGGAGGUCGGACUGCGCAUGAGCUCGAUGGAGAUUGUUGGCUCCAACGCGCGCGCAGAGGCUGUUCUCGUCACAUUUUCCAAGGUCAUAGCUGACUAUACCGCGCCGCCGCUGACAGACAUUAGCCGCAACCUUACACAGUACGUGACGACGCAAAUCAACUUUUUGGUCUACCAGCGCCCGAUGUGCAUUGGCAUGGGCAACGCAAUCCGCUGGCUCAAGCUCCAGAUUGGUAAGAUUCAGCCUGGUGUCAAUGAUGAGGAGGCCAAGGGUAAGCUGGUAGACAUGAUUAGCGAAUACGUGCAAGAGCGCAUCACCGCCGCCGGUGCCUACAUUGCCGAGGCCGGCGCCUACAAGAUCCAAGAUGGCGAUGUCAUUUUGACCUACGGCGCCUCCUCCACUGUUGAGCGUCUGCUGCUGGACGCCAAGCACAAGCUAAAGCGCCGCUUCCGCGUCAUUGUCAUCGACCCCCGCCCACAGUCCGAGGGACGUGACCUGGGCAGAGGUCGCAAUGGCAUGAAUGGUGGUGUGACAUAUGCCCCGGUUACCGCCCUCAGCUUCGUUAUGCGCGAGGCGUCAAAGGUGUUUUUGGGCGCAGAGGCCUUUUUUGCCAACGGCGCCAUGCUCUCGCGCGCAGGCACAGCAAUGGUUGCCCUGGCAGCGCACUCCUACCACGUGCCGGUGAUUGCUGCUUGCGAGACAUACAAGUUCAGCGAGCGCAUCCAGCUGGACGCUGUGGUCAGCAACGAGCUGGAUACUCCUGACGCGCUCAUUUUCAAGACCGGCAUUCCCGAUGCCCAGCCCGUGGGCCCGAAGAGCGACUCGACGCUCGACUGGCGCUCAACCCCGAACCUGCGCCUCCUGAACCUCACACAGGACAUAACGCCGUCAGUGUUUGUCACGAUGAUCAUCACAGAGGUUGGUAUGAUUCCGACGACCAGCAUCCCGGUCGUCCUUCGCGAGUACAAGAACCAGAAUUGA